CGUCAACUCCUCCCGCGCGAUUCGUAUUUCGAACGCCGCGCCGCGUUCCCGCCAUGCGUUGACGCGAAGUGCCAAUUGUGACUUUAUUUUUUUUUCAUCAACCUGUGGACUGUGUUUUUGUGACUCGGAUUUUAUAGGUCAGGCAACAUCAAAGGGGAUCAAAGCGGCCAUUACGAGAUAUCGUAAAAUGCGCUUCCGCUGAACACAUGAGCGCGAGCGACGAGAUGCAGACAGUGUCGUACGUGCAGGACGACGCACGGUACGCGCAGGACGCGUCCGACCCGCAGGAGAGCGCGUCCUACACGCACGACUCUCAGGACAGGACCGCGCAGGACGCGUCCUUCCACGACGACACGUCCUACCAGGACAAUGCGUCCUACCACGACAACGCGUCCUACACGCAAGACGCGCAGGAUGAGGAAGAGCGAGAGAUAGACGUCGUGAAAGAUAUAGAAGACUUCGAGUCAUGGCACCCCCACGUGUACGGCAAACCGCCGAAGAAACCCACGCCGCACACCAUCGAGUAUAUCCUAGGGUUGGACAAAGUGAGUAAAGUGAUCAGUGAUGAGAAGUUGAGUGCUCACGACAGACUGCAGGCGCAGCUGCGCGCCAGGACUAGUGACAAAGUGCGUGAGGAACCCCUGAAUCUUUCCGUGCCAAAGCCGAAAGAUUCGCCGCUGUGGAGCGAUGAUGACAAGUAUAAAGACCCGAAGCCCCCCAAGCGGAGACCCCCCGACUCCCCCCACACCAGCGACGAGGAGUCCCGGCGGAAGAAGGCGCGCACCACCUUCACUGGCAGACAGAUCUUCGAGCUGGAGAAGCUGUUCGAGGUCAAGAAGUACCUGUCAUCCGGGGAACGAGCUGACAUGGCCAAGCUGCUGAACGUCACGGAGACACAGGUGAAAAUCUGGUUCCAGAACAGAAGAACGAAAUGGAAGAAGAAGGACAACAUAUCGAACGCAGAGGUAGCAGAACUGAAACAGCAGAACAAACCUGUAGAAGAGAAGAAAGAAGACAAAGAAGAUCCCCUAGCCCUAGACAUGUCGAAGAAGAAUUGUAACAAAGCGCUGAGCGAGAAGUUAAAAAACUCUAAAGUGCUCUCCCCCAAGCCCAGAAGACCGGAGAAGAUUCUGGAAUGUGACACAGACAUAGAGAGUAAGAUAUCCAUAACUAAAAUAACCAAUAAGUUGUCCAGCACAGACCUCUCUGAGACCAGUGUAUCUGUCAGAAGUUACACACCUGACUCCAAAGAGUUGAAGUAUGAGAGUAUUCUGAGAGAUGUAGAAAUGUAAGGCCCAGAGUGUAAAUUAGAACUUUGUAAAUCGUAUUGAAUAUCAUAUUGUUGUCUCUUUUUUAUGAAAUGAACUAGGUGACGAGCAGACGGUUCACCUGAUUGUGAAAGUAAACAGCCAAUAGACAAAUAUCACCAGAAUUUCACUAGUAACUCCAACUAUUGCAAGAGUUUUUGGUCUAAAGACCCACAGCUUAGGGGACAGUUCAUAUUAUAACAUGACGAGGCUUUGCGAUGCAUUUUAUAAAUGAUUCAUUUAAAACUGUACUUUAUUUAUUACACAAAAAGAUACACAUUGAAAUAACAGACUUCGAUCCGCGUCGUUGUUUCUGCUGCCUGGCGUCUGCUGCCAUUUUUCAUGGCUUAUCGCUUAUCAGUCAUCAAUUAUCUCAAAAUACAUUGUUUUGUCUCGUCACAUUGCAAAAUAACUUCAAUCUUACUUGGUGAAACCCAGCAUUUAAGCGAUGUUUCUCGCUGGUUUUCUGCAGCCGGGCUGGCCCAUUCGUGCCUUUAUUCAAUGUGUAGCUUCAUCGCAUUUAUUCAAUGUGUAGGAAAGAGAUGGCACGGUAUUUUGACAAACGAUUCAUGACCCAAGGUCUUAGAGAACAAGGAUAAAAAUUGUAAAUUAAAUUGUGCCUAUUAAAAUGUGGAACUUUUGUCAGCAAUGCUCUUCUGAUCCUACUAGAAUCUAUUUAUAUAUUUUUUCAGUUUUCAAAGGCUACAAACAAUGAAAUAUCUUCUUGGAAAGCUUUAUUUACUACUUUAUUAUUUCUAAUGUCUGUAAUCUGUACGAAUCUCUACUUAACAAACGAUUUAAACGAUCUACUUUUUGUUUACAUUACAAUGUAAAUUUAAAACGAUUGUCGACUGUAGGUCCUCACAUUGAGGCAAACUUGGUGGUAAAAAAGCAUCAGUAGGUAUACGAAAUAAUACUGGGAUUGUAUUAUUAUAUAUAUUAUUUUAUAAAUACUCAGUAGAUGUAGAGUGUAGAGGGAAUUACAUCCGAAUAUUAUACUCAUAAUGGUCUCGAUUUAUAUGCGUACGUCCGAACGGACGGAUUGGCCGCCACAUCGAGUCUAAGCGCCCUUCCACACGACGUUUUUUACG